GUCCGCUCCUGAAUUCAGUGUGGUAGUCAAGGAUAGUUUAGUUAGGAGGACGGUCUGUAGAUCCUAAGUUUAUAGUGAAGAUGGCUAAGAAGACUUAUGACUUGUUAUUCAAACUCCUCCUUAUAGGUGACUCAGGCGUUGGAAAGACAUGCAUAUUAUUCAGAUUUUCAGAUGACGCCUUCAACACCACAUUUAUAUCAACCAUAGGUAUUGACUUCAAAAUCAAAACCAUCGAGUUGAGAGGAAAGAAGAUAAAGUUGCAGAUAUGGGAUACUGCUGGUCAAGAGAGGUUCCACACUAUUACAACCUCCUACUACAGAGGGGCCAUGGGUAUAAUGUUGGUUUACGACAUUACAAAUGCGAAGUCAUUUGAUAAUAUAGCAAAAUGGUUAAGAAAUAUAGAUGAGCAUGCAAAUGAAGAUGUAGAAAAGAUGAUCCUGGGUAACAAGUGUGACAUGGAGGACAAGCGUGUAAUCCCCAAGGAAAAAGGAGAAGCGAUUGCACGAGAACAUGGUAUUCGAUUCCUUGAAACGUCGGCAAAGGCCAACAUCAACAUUGAACAAGCCUUCUUAGAACUUGCUGAAGCCAUCCUCAACAAGACCCCAGGACGUGACCCACAGGAAAACCCAGACAGUGUUGUUCGCCCAGAGAGGAGGAAUGAUCGAGGUGCAGCUCGACAGUGCUGUGCGUAGACUACUAACGUUACAUGUAGCACUGAAGGGGUCAGUCACACCCAGUAGGACACCUCCGCAGGACUCAAAGCUAAGGCUCCUCUGUAGGUUUCCUCUUCCUAGGGUAUUUUUGUGUGACUCCUCUGGGGUGGUCUUAUGUAGGCCCCACAGCAACUAACAUCACUUGCAUACUCCUACUAUAGACUCUGCUCUCAGGGGAGGCCAAGAAAUAGAAGCACAGACUUUAUGCUUAAUCUAUACCAUCUUUUUACACUGCACUCAGGGGAUGGAUUCAAAAGAUACAGUAAGUUAGGAACCAAUAAUUGCAGGUUUUUGCUCAUGUUUCAGUCUGAGUGUUGUAACUGGAUGUAGUAUUGUCCCAGGACAUGAAUGGUGUAAUGAAAUGAGUAAUGAUUAUGAACCUUGGACAUGAACUUAAUUUGGCUGCCUUUUUUAAAGUAUAUGGAAAUGGCACUACAUUGAGAUAUGGUCAAAGGUUAUCAGUGCUUGUGUAAUUUGAGAGGUGGCACUUGUAAUGAGUGGCUUCUCCCUGGUAACUAUCAUGACUCUUGGUGCAAUGGAAUUUACUUCAGAACUAUUUUUGUGCACUCUGCCUUAUAAUUUUUAAUGUGAGGCUUAACAUAUAUUAAGUGAAAGAAAGCCUUUCAUUAGUAUUCACCAUGAAUGCGAGAGGAGGUGGCUUGAAAUGAAAUGUUUAUAUGUAGAAGCAUAAUUUGAAUACUAGUGGUUUUGCUAUGAACUGUUCUAAUCAUAUACUGUAACUUGCCAUGUGAUAACCAAAAUCAGUUUAUAUGAAUGAAUAAUUUUAAUUAAUGGAUGAGAUGGAUAGAUUAAUGUUAAAUAUGAAAUAUUUGCUUUUUAGUAGUUGAAUAAACAAGGGAUAUUGAAAUACAGUAUAUUUAUUUUACACGUCAGAGUUUUCAUUGCUUUUUUUGUAAUAAAUGUAGUUUUUCUUCCAUAUACCUGUACUAGAUUGAGUGGUGAUAUUUUAUUUAUUUGUUUAUUAUUUUUUUAAAACUGGUGGUCAUGUUAGUAAUUUGUUAUGAGGCACCUGUUGUGGUCAGUCCACAGUCUGCCGACGUGGCUUUGUUUGUCAGAUUAUGAAUUAUCCUAAUGUGUUGAAUCUUGACUUAGUGUUUGUUGUGUGUAAGGACCAAAAAAUUUCCAAGGAAAUUCUUACUGUUGUAAGAUUCGAAUUUGAUACCUAAAAGUUAAGAUGGACUUGGAUUACUGUACAUGAGAGGAAUAAUGGAGUUAAGUGAUUGUUGAUUGUGUUACUCAUUAAAAAUGUAAUGUUGGUUCAAGUCUUGAAAAUGUUCUUACAGCUAUCAACUGUGCUCACAUUUCCUCUAAUGAUGUUUACAGAACAAGCUAAAUUGUAUUUCUGUAAUCCAGGUUCCAUUACAGAUCUCUUGAUUAUUAAAUUUUGUUUAUAUUGCAUACUUAUAAUUUUAUUUACAUAACAAAUACUAAGUUAAAUUCUAUGCAGCUGUUUAAAGGUGAAUUAUCAAAUUACUUUGUCUAUCGUGCAUUAGCUUUUGCCAAAGGCUGUGCUUAGGUAAUUUCAAACAGGCCUCAAGUCUGGAGGAGAAGUACACUCCUCAUCCUAUGUAACAAGUAAUAGUAUGAUCUGGCUCAGCAGUGACAUAAUAACUGAAUACAAGACAUUAAAGUCUUGUUGCUGUAUUAAGAAUUUCAGUUUCUAAAUGCGUGAAAGUUGAUAUUCAUUUUCAUUUACAAAAAUGGAAGAAAUCUUGCCGUUUUCUUCACAAAGUUGUACUCAUUUAUUGUGUAUGCAAAUUUUUCUGCACAAAACACUAUAAGUUUCUCUCCCCUUCUCUUUCUCUUCUCUUAAUUAUAAAACUGAGUGACCCUUGCAACUUUGAGAACAAUAUGAAAGCAAUUUUCUCCUUAUUCAAUUAACCAAUGGAAGAAUAUAUUUAAUAUUGCCUUCUGAGGUUGGCCUCUUUAUCAACACAACUCUUCUCUGGGAUUUUAAGUCUCAAUUUUGUACACUUAUGGGCUGAUGGUGUAAACUCAUAUUAAUUGCAAAUAUGAUGUCAAGAGAUGUACAUUACAAAAUUGAUGCAUUGAUUUUCAUGUACAGUAUAAUAACAAUGAGAAACGUAUCACCCCUUCUUUUUAAUUUUACAACCCGUGCAGUAAUUUCCAUUAGAGCCCGAGGGUUAAACAAAAUAAUUCUAGUUUUCAGGUCCCCAUUGUUUGAGUCUUACAGCAGGAGUUAGGGCAAGGAACAAUACACUCCUCAAACUGUUUCUUCAAAUAUAUUAAAUUUAAACAGUUUGAUUAGUUUACUUUCCCUUGUCUUUUUUUUAAUAAAUCACAACUGUGUGUCUUAUGACGUGAUAUGUAUAAAGAUUGUCUAAAGUUAUCAUUGACAGAAUGGAGCAAGAUGGUGUCUUCCUUGUGUUUUGACAGCACCAAGAAAAUGCUCAUCAUUGAUUAAUUGGCUGCUGACUCAGUUUUGUAUCAUUGAAGGGAAAAAAGUAAAAUUGUCCAAAUUUUCUGGUCACUGAAAGCUCAAUAUUAUCCUCACAGAUAAAGAAGUAAGGCACACUGAGUUGUUUGUUUACCAUUUCCUUGCUCAGUUUCCUUGCCAAGGUGUUCUGAUAAGUCACACAAGGUUGGCAAUUGGGGCUCCUGUGUCAGUUUUGAGUUAAUAGCUGUGCUGUGUUAGUGCACAUGACAAGUUAGGUAUCAGUAAUUAUGAUAGUUAUUCCAAGCUAUUAAAACUUUUGAUUGUUUUUCUUGUGUGCACGGUGUUACUUUAUUUUGCGAGUCAUUGUAAAGAAAUUAUUGAUUUUAUUGAAAAUAGUUUUGUACUUGGACCACUUACUUAGUGUAUUUAUGUUUUUAUACUUGUAAAUGAAACUGUUAGGAUUCCUCAAGUCUGUAGUAUAUGGCAUAUUUAGUUUUUAACAUGUAUAUUAAAGGGAAAAAGUGUCAUUAGAGACGAUGACACUGGACCAUAUUACUGUCCUUUGUAUAUGGCCUGCAGGCAGUGCUGAGAGGUUAGGAUGUAAGACCCUGGUAACUAGAACCAGUUGUGGGUCUCGCAUCCAGAAGUACACAUUUUUGAAGCCCAUUGACACAGCAAGGUGAUAGAAUAUUCUGCAUUUAAUAAAUUAAGUUCCAUCAUGAAACUCAAUAUUUUAGAUUUGCAUAUAUUGGAGUAAAAUGUUCAAGUACCUACUGGUGAACAGGGUUAAUAAUGGCAUGUAUAUAAAUACAAAUGUUAAUUAUUAAAUCAAUCAAAUUGUACUGAAAAAUUCACCUGCAGAAUUACAGUAAUAAAGAAAUGUUUGUCCACUUGAACCCUCCCUUGGGUUACAGUUUGCUAAUCUACAUUUAUUCAUGCACUCUAGGUUUUGAUACCUGAGAAUUUAUUGCAUCAAUUAGCAAGAAUUUAAUAAUCGGAUCAUUAGCACAGUGACUUGGUGUAAUACUUCUUGGCCCAACCUCCCCUGCACACAACUUGAUCAAGGAUACUAAAGUGCGCAUUGUAAUAAUUAUAAGCCAAUUGCAGCUACUCCCAAGAUGCUGUGCCAGGUAACUGUAUUAUUGAGGCUUGCGUUAUUUAACCCACUGAGGGAAAGCCUUUCCAAUAUGUUAUCAAUGGCUGGGAUGGAUUGGGCAUGUUGCAUUGACUUAAAAGAUAUUUAAUUAACCAAAGAGGUAUAACAGUGGACCUGUAAAAGCAACGUGAAGUAGAUAUAAUUUAUUAUUAAUGAAAAGGAAAAUAUUUUGUGUAAGAUAAAAUUGGUCAGAAAUAAGUUGGAUAAGAGAUUUUAGUAUUUUAGCUCCACAGUUUCCUCCCAAGUUUAAUGUACAAUAUAGGGUAACAGAGGAAAUCUUGAAACACGAAACAGCAUUUGUACAUAAAGUCCACUGGUAAGAUGGUGAAAUGGUAUAUUAUGUGUCACGAACAGUUUAUUGGUUCUUUAUGGAUAGGAUGGGCUUGCUUUUGUCCAAUGACUUGCUUGAACAUCAUUAAUAAAGUGUUAUUUGUGAUGGUA